UGAAAACCCAAAAUCCGCCGGCGGCCUGAGUCACCGAGCAACAUCUGCAGAGUUCCCCUUCAAUACAACGUCACAAUCAGACAAUAUGGCACGAAUGACUAUCAGAGACCUGGGAUACUCUCCUGGCCAACUCCCAACUGGGCCAAAGAACUCCAUUCUCGAUGUUAAAGGGGUCCGAGUCGGUCAAGUAACAGUGGGAAAUGAUGGAGACGACGUUCACAACGGCGUGACAGUCAUCCUCCCCCGCAGUCCCGAUGAGAUCCACAUCCCCUGCUACGCAGGAAUGCACACUCUCAAUGGCAACGGAGAAGUCAGUGGCUCAUACCAGAUCAAAGACUGGGGAUUUACCAAUACCCCUCUCGCUCUAACGAAUUCCGUGAGCUUUGGAAUCGUGUUUCAAUCAAUAUGGGAAUGGACGCUAAAGCAAGCACGCGAUAAUGGCUCUUCUCUUGAGACGAUCAGCCAUAACUACGGCACGCCCGUUGUGGGCGAGACUGCAGACUGGUUCCUGAAUGAUGUGUAUAAUUCCGCCCUUAAAGCUGAGAGUGUUCAUCAAGCAUUCGCCAAUGCCAUGACUCAGGAAGAGAUUCUCGAGGGGCAACACGGCGGGGGUGCCGGAAUGACAUGCCACAUGUUUCCAGGAGGCACUGGGACCAGUUCAAGAGUUGUGAAAGGAAGCGGUGAUAUGAUCUACACAGUCGGUGUGAUCGUCCAGUCAAAUUACGGACAUACAUAUGACAUGCAAGUCGGUGGCGUUCCCAUGGGCAAACUCAUUUUGAAGGAGAAGGGCACACCUUGGCGGAAGGAGAAGGUGGCUGGCAAAGCAGAUGAUGGAAGUAUCGUCAUCUACCUUAUGUACUUCCCUCACAUUUCCCCAAAAUCUCCUCCGGCUGAUGAUUUAUUGACUUGUAGCACUGAUGCCCCCAUGCUCCCCCAUCAACUAAUCCGCCUAGCACGCCACUGCGCCGUCGGCCUCGCGCAAGUCGGUGGCCACGGCGUGGGCAGCAAUCACUCAGGCGACAUCAUUCUCGCUUUAUCCACCGCCAACAAACCAGAAGAGCGAGUCAUGACUCCAGGUGUCAACGGCAUCGGUCCCAUCGAAGUCAACGAGAUUGAGAUCAUUAGGAACGAGAGUAUUAAUACAAUGUUCAAGGCGGCGAGCGAGGUGACUGAGGAGGCGAUCUUGAAUUCUAUGAUUGCGGGGAGGGAGGGAAGGACGGGGUUUGAUGGGGCGACGUUGGAUGGCUUUCCGGUUGAAUUUGUGAAGGAGAUGUUGGCGAAGUAUCGUGUUGAUGUUUGAUUUAUUUCCUCUUCGUUGUUUUUAUUGAGAGCUUUCAUUUUCGACGUGUUCAGCAGCUGCUCCUAUCACGUUCAUUGUUUGAGACUAUCUAUAGUAGUUUGUUUUAGGCUCAAAGUAGCGAGCUUAGUUUCUCCAAAUGCAUUCCAAACCA